AUGGAUCCUCAUACCGCGACCCUUUUGGCCCGCGCGGACUCCAGUGGCCGCCCGGCCUUCUAUAAGGCUGUCGGAAUUUCACUAGCCGUCGCCUCGGGAGUGUUCAUCGGCAUCUCCUUCGUGAUCAAGAAGGUCGGACUACUCAAGGCGAACAUCAAAUACAACGAGGAGGCCGGUGAAGGAUACGGAUAUUUGAAAAAUGCUUGGUGGUGGCUAGGAAUGACCCUGAUGAUUAUCGGCGAAAUCUGCAACUUUGUCGCCUAUUGUUUCGUCGAUGCGAUUCUUGUGACUCCCCUCGGUGCUCUCUCCGUCGUCAUCACCACCAUCCUGUCGGCCAUCUUCCUGAAGGAGCGGCUCAGUUUUGUUGGCAAAGUGGGCUGCUUCUCGUGUAUUCUCGGGUCCGUCAUCAUCGCCAUGAAUGCGCCCGACCAGUCGUCUGUCGACGAUAUUCAGGAAAUGCAAAAAUAUGUUCUUUCCCCUGGAUUCUUGGUAUAUGGAGGCAUCAUCCUCAUCGGCGCCGCAUUCACCGCGAUCUGGGUGGGCCCACGCUAUGGCAAGAAGAGCAUGUUCCCCUACAUCAGCAUCUGCAGCUCCGUUGGGGGCUUGAGCGUUGUUGCAACGCAGGGUCUGGGCUCCGCAAUUAUCGCUCAGAUCGAUGGCGAGGAACAGUUCAAGCACUGGUUUCUAUACGUCCUGUUUGUCUUUGUCGUCUGCACGCUGCUGACAGAGAUCAUCUUUCUCAACAAAGCACUCAACCUUUUCAAUGCUGCCCUCGUCACCCCAACUUACUAUGUCUUGUUCACCAGUGCCACCAUUAUCACCUCGGCAAUUUUGUUUCGUGGUUUCAAGGCCACCGGUGUUCAAAUCGCGACCGUUAUCAUGGGCUUCCUGCAAAUUUGCUCCGGCGUAGUCUUGCUGCAACUUUCCAAGUCUGCCAAGGAUGUUCCGGAUGCCGCUGUGUUCAAGGGUGAUCUUGACCAGCUUCGUGAAGUGGCUACCCAGGAAGGACCCGAGUAUGAGCCUAAAGCCGAUUCUAUUCGGGGUGCUGCUUCCAUCAUCCGCCGUAUUUCAACCGUUCGUCGCACCCAGGAGGCUGAUGAAGCCCGUCGCUUCGUCCAGGAGAAACAGGAGGAUUACCUCAAGCCACCGAGUGAGAACGAAAUAAUCGAAUGGGACGGUAUCCGCCGGCGCAGAACUGUCAUCGGUGCAGGACCCACCAUGUCUCGCCCGCAUACGCCCCGAUCUCCUUCGAUCAAACAAAACUUGCCGCCUCUGGGUAUGUCUCGUUUCCCCGAUCAUGUCGAUGCAGAGGAACACCGUCCAAGCACCAAGCAAAGUGGACACUCCUUUCUCAGUGAUUUCCGGUCGCGAACCUCGAGCAUGCUUCACCCUGGGCAGUGGCUGCAUUUGAAUGAUCAGGAUGAGAAGCAACCCCUGAGCGCGAAGAGUGCGCCUCCGAACAUGACCGAAACGGGCAAUGGCGAGCCUGUCGACACGGAGUAUCACGGUGCUGGACACGCUGGGGUAGAAGCCUCGCUUCGCCCAACUGGCCGAGAACGUAGCGAUACGCCUCGGUCUAUCUCCUGGGCUGACAAGAAAGAAGAGCCAGACACGCAAACCCUUGAUCCCCCGAUGCAAACCGCCCGACGCCAAUUCUCCUUCAACGGCAUGUUCAAUCGCAACAAGUCUGACAGUAAUCCUUCUUCACCGCAACGCCCUGUCAAUUCCCCACGCGGUAUUUUGCGUCAUACUAGAUCUGGAACUGAGGAGGAGCGCCUCGGUCUGGUGCGCGGCGACACACGCGCUGCUCAUCCCGAAGAAGAGAGCCUAGGCGAGAAACUGGACCGCUGGUCCAGUGCUGAGUCUGAUGCCGGUGAAGUCCACCCUUUGCAACCAGCCCGCCCGCAUCAUGACUCAGUUUCGAGCAUGUCCACCGCAGCGUUCCCGCCGUACGAGGAUCAACACGCUUUCUUCACUGGGCAGUCAUCCAACGUCUCCAAUCCGUACUACCUGCCCCCAACUCGCCAGGUUCCUGCCUCAUAUGAACGUGGUGAUGCCGAACACGAGAGCUGGCAGAUGGGCUCUCGCUCCCGUACCCGGACAAAUUCCUCAUCCCACGGUCGUGCUCCGCCACCAGCUCAUUCUUCUUUCUCUACGCACCGCCACCCUAAUCCUCUCCCGCCGCUGCCCGACGAGACCACCAUGGCAGAUGACCCGACCGGAGUGAGGUCUGUCUCAUCCGGAUCUUCUGACAUGGGAGUCACGUCGAUUCCUUCAUCCGUGGAGGCCCACGACGAUGACAACGUCCAGCCUACUUACUUAAGCCGCUCACAAAGCGGAUGGCGACGACACAUGUCGGAAGUGGGCAGUGAUGACGGCGAGACAUACCAACAGCGGCGCUCUGCUCGCGGUGGUGGCACAGGUGGCACAGGCGCCUUUCUCUAA